AUGGCCCCUCUCACCCCGCACUGGCAGCAGCCCUCCCACCCUGAAGUUCAGGAAGUCGUCAUUAACGAUCAAGAGUUCACCACCAAGAGCUACUCCAAGGUGACACUCCCGCCGUUUGCUGUCUUUGCGAAGCUCUCCUUCCCGCCUUGCACUGUUGCCGACGAGCCGACGUACGCCACCGUGCAGAUGGGCCGGCAUAGCCAUUUAAAUCUGAACAAAUGGGACAUGGCUCAGCCAUUCACCUGCCUCUGCGGCCAUCCAACCUGCCGUGGCACCAUCUCCGGUGCAAAGGACAUGACGCCGCAACAGCUCCGUGGGGUGUGGCUCAACGGCCAUAUCCGUGAUCUCCUUGACGAUAAGCCCUGCUCCACUACCGGCGGUCAUGAGUCUGAUGCCACGGCUCGGGCGUUGAAGGAAGCUGUCCUGCAGGCCGAAAAGGUGGUCGAAGCAGCCCGUCUUGCGAUGCGUACGUACGCGGGUGUUUCGCAGAAGAGCGGCAUGGCCGCUAUAAAUAGCGCCAAGAAGGAUGGUUUCGCGGCACGAGAGGGUAUUGAUGUGGCAGAGGGCUUGAGUAGACGCGGUCCAACGUCAAGGGAGUUGAGUGGCGAGAUGGGUGGUGAUACUGUUCGUGUAUAA